GAGGUCAAUGGAGAAUGGCCAAAUAAUCAGAUCCAACGAUCAGUUCAGUACAGUCAGAUUCGUCUAGCAAAUAAGGAGACCUCUGAACUUGAACAGCCCGUUCGAAGUUCAUCUGUUGAAAAAGAGUAUCUUGCUGAAGAGAUAGGUGGAAAUCCCAGACAAAAGAACAAUCGUUCUACUCAUUUCAUGCUGACUAGAUCAAAAGCGAAACUCAGCUCUUCGCUCACUAUUGUAACUAUCAUCUUCACAGCACUCCUAUCUCCAUGUAGCGCGUCAGAUGUCGUAACAAGCACCAGGUGUCCCAGAACAGUAUCAGUAGCCACGAGAAUCAUCUAUGGCGAAUCAUCUAUGGCGUGGAAAAAGGUGUCGCAGUUGCAGCCAUAUGGAGAACGUCAACAAUCAACAACGCUUGUGUUGGUUUCCUAUCCAGUGUCCAUCAGGACACAUUCAUAUACCAAUUCCCUUGCCUCCAAACUCCGGAUAUUGCGGAAGCAAGUGUUUUUGCCCAAAAUGGACAAAGAACUUGCUCAUCCUACAAGUGGACAACAUAAGGAAGCAUCACAAGCCAACAAAGUUCCUUCAUCGAUCUUCUACAAACCGCCACAUACAGCUAUCAAUCCAACCACGCCGAUAUUGUUUCGGACAUCAAUGAAUCAUGGAAUCUGUAUAACGAUGUCUGGUGAUAAGUCGUCAGUAGUGUUCCAACGCUGUUUCGGAAAUGAUGAACGACUUGUUGAAGAAGCGAGCGUUUGGAUGAAUCAGUUACUCGAAAUCUCACUAUGA